AUGGUUGUCGGUGCUCUCUGCCGUGUGGUGUCGCUGGUCCCGGAGUUUCUACUGACAAACUGUCUCCAGCAACCGGUCUACCUGCGACAAGAUCGGACGCAGGGACCUCUUGUCGAGGUGAAGCCAGGGGAAACACACCCAGUGUAUUGGCCUCAGCAGGAGCUGCCGCAGCAUCUACAGUUCGUUGUUGGGCGCUGCAGCCCUAGCGGCUGGUCAGGGCCUGUGGUGGCCAGCGAGGAAACCGCAGGCAGGACGUGGGUGGCUGUCCCAUCGAGCAGCCCCAAGCCUACGCAGCCAGAUGUGUAUGCCGUCGAUGUUGCCCCUGAAGGGGGAGCCAAGAGCAUCGCCAUACGGGCAUCAGAUACCGGGGGGGCAUUCGUAGUCCGCAAUUGCUGUCCAACUGUGCAGCGCGUGAUGGUGCAUACAUUCCACUCCGAGAUGAACAGCAGUAGCAGCAGCAGGCAGACAGGGCGGCCCCCUGAGGCAGACUGCCAUUUCUUUGCGCAUGAGGGACAGUCUGUCGUAUAUGGGUGGCCCUUCCCUUUCCUGUACAAAUCCAGGCCGGUAAGCAACAACAUCAGCACAGGCAGCAACAGCAACAGUGCAAGCAGCCGCCACCACCAGCCUACCAAAGACAGAAGCUCCACAAGCGGCCACCCCAACAGCAGCAACACUGGCACUAGCAGCAACGCCACAUGCAACAACGCGAGCAGCACGAACACCAAGCGCAUGAACCGCACAGACAGGAGCAACAACUAG